AUGGUAAGUCAUCGCUUCCAAACCAGCAGCAAUCCCAGGCCAAGCCGAGCUGACCCGCCAAGACCCUCCUUACAACCCCCCGUUCCCCGUGCCGCGCACUCUUGCAUCGCUUCGCAACUGUUGGGCGGCUCGUCGUCGAACAUGGCACUCGUACUACGCAACAUCGCACGUAGUUGCGAAGACAAGCUCGACAGCGCCGCGAGUUCCUCUACACCAAGUCACUUGAACAAAAGGAGCAGCAGAUCUGGGAGCGCAAGCAACGCGUCAAGGACCUCUUGGCCAAGGGGAAGCAGGUCCCGCGGGGGCAUGGCGUAGGCGAGCGUGAGGCCAAGAUGGAUGCAGGGCAAGAGGGUGAGGUCGACUCGGGGGCACCGUGGGCUGUCUCUAGAGACGAAUGAUACGUGUAUGACACCGAGCCCUCACCGCUUUCCUGGCAACUUCUCAACAGCGCCGAUGACGCACGUCGACGACGAAUACUCUCAAGCCGGGUUCGAAGAUCCGCGAGUGCUCAUCACCACCUCGCGGGAUCCUUCGUCAAAACUUGCUCAAUUUGCCAAGGUGCGUCGUGCGCUUACUAGCUCACAACACUUUGCGGGCUUGCGUCGCUAACGACCGGCGUCCUUCCCUUUCGUCACGACCACUCACGCUUUGAUCUCAACUUGUCUGCUGCAGGAAAUGCGACUCUGCUUCCCCAACUCGACACGAAUCAACCGUGGUAACUACGUCAUGAAGGAACUCGCCGACGCAUGUCGAACUAACGGCAUCACCGACCUCAUCGUACUCCACGAACAUCGAGGCGUGCCGGAUGCACUCAUGCUCUCCCAUUUCCCUCACGGACCGACGGUGCUCUUUACCCUCAGCGGCGUCGUGCUACGACACAGUCUGCAGGGUGUACAGGGAACCACUAUCAGCGAACAGUACCCUCAGUGAGCAGGACGCUUGCUCUGUACAGCGAACGCCGCAUGCCGAGAAACAGAAGGCUGAUCCCGCGCGAGCACCGCUGGCUGCGCAGUUUAAUUUUCGAGGGGUUCGGAUCCAAAUUGGGCAAGCGAGUGCAAGAUGCACUCAAGUUUUGCUUCCCUGUUCCAAAGUGGGUCGAGGCACGAGUCGAGGCCCGCAGCUUCUCCUCCUUUGCGACCGGAUACUGAUCGAGCCCCUGUCUUCUACCUGACCGCCCGUCAGAGAGGAUUCGAAACGCACAAUGACCUUUGUCAACGAGGGUGACUUUAUCUCUUUCCGCCAUCACGUCUUUGUCAAGACGUCGCACAAGGAAGUGCAACUUGCUGAAGUUGGCCCUCGGUUCGAGAUGAGACGUGAGUGAGCUCCGAAAGUCCCACCAGCGGUCACGGACCCAUGUUUUGAUGCGAGCUUUUGUUUUUCGUGUGCGAACGCAGCGUACGAGAUCCGACAAGGGACGAUCGAACAGGUCGAAGCCGAUGUCGAGUGGGUUCUCCGACCGUACCAGAGGACCGCACGGAAGAGGAACCAGCUUUAG